CUUGUCUGAAUGAAGAAAAACAGAGACAGGGAAGCAGACUGCCAAUGGAUCAAAUAAAGUAAAGCAAAUAAAACAACAGUGGGAGUAACAGUUUGUCUGAUCCCAUUCUCCUUCCCAAUUUUGCUUCAGGGUUCAGGCUACCUUCGUCGUCUUCAUCUUCUCUUUCUUCUUCUUUUUCUUCUUCUUCUUCUUCUUCAAUCUCUUCAUUACCCUUGUCCAAAGCCUAACCCAAAACCCCAAAGGAAUCACCUUUUUGAGCUUAUUUACUGAGUUAUGGCUUCCGGGAGCCGGGCAGCACACGAGCACCAGCACCACCAACCUCAGUCCUUGGCUACCAGCAACCAGCGAGGCCAUCACAACACUGAGUCUGUCAGCAAAGCCAUUGCUCAGUACACUGUAGACGCCCGCCUCCAUGCCGUUUUCGAGCAGUCCGGCGAAUCGGGUAAGUCGUUUGAUUACUCGCAGUCUAUUAGGACUCCCACGGAAUCUGUUCCCGAGCAACAGAUCACCGCGUAUUUGACUAAAAUUCAGAGGGGCGGCCAUAUCCAGCCCUUUGGCUGCAUGAUUGCAGUCGACGAACCCAGUUUUCGGGUCAUCGCGUAUAGCGAGAACGCGCGUGAGAUGCUCGGGAUAACUCCUCAGGCAGUGCCCAGUCUUGAGAAGCCUGAGGUUCUAGCAACUGGGACCGAUGUGCGUAACCUUUUCACGCCUUCUAGUGCAAUUAUGCUCCAGAAAGCAUUUGGGGCGCGAGAAAUUACGUUGUUGAAUCCGGUUUGGAUUCAUUCUAAAAAUUCUGGGAAACCCUUUUACGCGAUUUUGCAUAGGAUUGAUGUCGGAAUUGUGAUUGAUUUGGAGCCGGCAAGAACAGAGGACCCUGCCCUGUCUAUUGCCGGGGCUGUUCAGUCACAGAAGUUGGCUGUGCGUGCAAUUUCGCAGUUGCAGUCGCUUCCUGGUGGGGAUAUUCAGCUUUUGUGUGAUACAGUUGUGCAGAGUGUGAGAGACCUUACUGGAUAUGAUAGGGUAAUGGUGUAUAAAUUUCAUGAAGAUGAACAUGGUGAGGUUGUGGCUGAAAGUAAGAGGCCUGACUUGGAGCCUUACAUUGGGUUGCAUUAUCCUGCGACUGACAUUCCCCAGGCGUCAAGGUUUUUGUUUAAACAGAACAGGGUUAGGAUGAUAGUGGAUUGCCAUGCUACACCUGUUCAAAUCGUUCAGGAUGAAGGGUUAGUUCAGCCUCUUUGCUUGGUUGGUUCUACACUCCGUGCACCUCAUGGAUGCCAUGCACAAUAUAUGGCGAACAUGGGCUCAAUUGCUUCUUUGGCAAUGGCAGUUAUCAUUAAUGGAAAUGAGGAGGAAGGUCUUGGUGGGCGGAACUCAAUGAGGCUUUGGGGCCUGGUUGUUUGCCAUCACACUUCUGCUAGGUGCAUUCCCUUUCCACUUCGCUAUGCUUGUGAGUUCUUAAUGCAGGCAUUUGGACUGCAAUUGAAUAUGGAAUUACAAUUGGCAUCUCAGUUGUCAGAGAAACGUGUGUUAAGAACCCAGACUCUUUUGUGUGAUAUGCUCCUUCGUGACUCUCCCACCGGAAUUGUUACUCAAAGUCCCAGCACUAUGGACCUUGUGAAAUGUGAUGGGGCUGCGCUUUAUUACCAAGGAAAGUAUUAUCCACUAGGUGUGACACCAACUGAGACUCAGAUAAAAGAUAUUGUGGAGUGGUUAUUGGCAUUCCAUGGAGACUCAACAGGUUUAAGCACAGAUAGCUUGGCUGAUGCUGGGUACCCUGGGGCGGCCUCGCUUGGUGAUGCAGUACGUGGAAUGGCUGUUGCUUACAUCACUAAAAGGGAUUUUCUAUUCUGGUUUCGCUCCCACACAGCAAAAGAGAUCAAAUGGGGUGGUGCAAAGCAUCAUCCCAAGGACAAGGAUGAUGGACAGAGGAUGCAUCCACGAUCUUCCUUCAAGGCAUUUCUGGAAGUGGUCAAGAGUCGGAGUUUACCAUGGGAGAAUGCAGAGAUGGAUGCAAUCCACUCAUUGCAGCUUAUUUUGCGGGACUCAUUUAGGGAUGCUGAAGCUAGCAAUUCCAAGGCUGUUGUACAUGCUGAGAUUGAGGCGCUAGAGCUACAAGGAGUGGAUGAACUCAGCUCAGUUGCAAGAGAAAUGGUGAGGUUAAUAGAGACAGCAACUGCUCCUAUAUUUGCUGUAGAUGUUGAUUGCCACAUUAAUGGAUGGAAUGCAAAGGUUGCGGAGUUGACAAGCCUGUCAGUUGAGGAAGCUAUGGGGAAGUCCCUUGUUCAUGAUCUUGUUUACAAAGAAUAUCAGGAAACUGUUGACAAGCUUGUUUAUCGUGCUUUGCAAGGUGAAGAAGAUAAGAAUGUAGAGAUAAAAUUGAAGACUUUUGGCUCAGAAAACCAUAAGAAGGCCAUAUAUGUGGUGGUAAAUGCUUGCUCUAGCAGGGAUUACACAAAUAAUAUAGUUGGAGUUUGCUUUGUUGGUCAGGAUGUCACUGGCCAGAAAGUGAUGAUGGACAAAUUCAUCAACAUACAGGGUGAUUACAAGGCAAUCAUUCACAGCCCCAACCCAUUGAUCCCUCCUAUAUUUGUCUCAGAUGAAAACACAUGUUGCUUGGAGUGGAAUACUGCCACAGAAAAGCUCACAGGGUGGUCCAGAGAAGAAAUCAUUGGGAAGAUGCUGGUUGGUGAGGUUUUCGGCAGUUGCUGUCGUCUCAAGGGUACAGAUGCUUUGACCAAAUUUAUGAUUGCUUUGCACCAUGCAAUUGGAGGGCAGGAUACAGACAAGUUGCCCUUUUCAUUCUUUGACCGAAGUGGGAAGUAUGUCCAAGCACUCUUGACAGCAAACAAGAGGAUCAAUUUGGAGGGCCAGAUUGUUGGAGCCUUCUGCUUCCUGCAGAUUGCUAGCCCAGAGUUGCAACAAGCGCUGAAGGUCCAGAGGCAGCAGGAAAGGAGCCGUUUUUCAAGGAUGAAAGAGUUGGCUUAUAUUUGCCAGGAAGUAAAGAGUCCAUUAAGUGGAAUCCGUUUUGUAAACACACUCUUGGAAGCUACAGAUUUGACUGAAGAUCAAAAGCAGUUUCUGGAGACCAGUGCUGCUUGUGAGAAGCAAAUUGUGAAGAUUUUAAGUGAUGUUGAUCUGGAGAGCUUUGAAGAUGGUUCGAUGGAGCUUGAAAAGACUGAAUUUUCUCUUGGGAGUGUCAUAAAUGCUGUUGUCAGUCAAGUUAUGCUAUUGCUGAGAGAAAGAAAUCUGCAGUUGAUUCGGGAUAUUCCAGAGGAGAUCAAAACUCUGGCUGUUUGUGGUGAUCAGGCAAGAAUUCAACAGGUCUUGGCUGAAUUUUUGUUGAAUAUGGUGCGUUAUGCACCAUCUGCAGAAGGUUGGGUAGAGAUUCACGUUCAUCCAUCAUUGAAGCAAAUUUCUGAUGGACUCACCAUUGUGUGUACAGAAUUCAGGAUGGUUUGCCCCGGUGAAGGCCUUCCCCCUGAAUUGGUUCAAGACAUGUUUCAUAGCAGUAGAUGGAUGACUCAAGAGGGCUUAGGACUGAGCUUGUGCAGAAAAAUCUUAAAGCUAAUGGAUGGUGAGGUGCAAUACAUCAGAGAGUCAGAAAGAUGUUAUUUCUUGAUUAUCCUUGAACUUCCCAUACCUCAGAGAGGCUCAAAGAGUGUUAACUAGAAUUCUUCCCUUGGGAUACCCCAGACUUAGAUUCAUCCAUAACCAUAGCCUAUAUUUUCUGUCAUAUGCCCUCUGUACUGUAUGUAUUUCCCCAAUUACAUGACCUAAAACCCCACCUAUUUUUGAUAAAUGGCUUUCAACAGAAACCAGAAUUUGGGCCUUGCUACACUGAAAUGUCAUUUGCACUUGAUAUGCUGACAUUUUCCAAAUCAAACCCUUCUUAUUCAUGGCAGCUGAUCAAUUCCUACCUGGAACGUAGCAUAAAAUCUCAUAUUCAGCUUCACUUCUGAUCAGUGCGCCAUUCCAAGAUGAAGUGUUGCAGUUAUGAAGCUCAACCUAUGAUUGGAUUGAAUGGCUGUCUCGUGCUGUCAGCAUGUAAUCUGCAUAUAUUUUAUGUAUAAUAUCUUCUCUAAGUUGCCCAGAUAAUUGUACCAUAUUCACCUAUAUAUUCUCCUCUGUAAUAAAGUCAGUUCCCUUGUCAAAAUUUAGGCAGCAUUGGUACUCUCAGAAUUUGAUUAACAUGUGCUUCUUGUAAUUAGUGAGGAAUUGGUAAUUUUUUAAAGAGUCUGUUUGUUAUGACUUAAUCUGGUGCAUUAUUUUACCUAAUAAUUGCUGCGUUCCUAU